AUGGCUCGUGGAAACGAAACUGCCUCCAAGAUCUUCUACAAGGGUAGCUCGGACGACUUCAUUGUCUUCGUCGAUGACAUUGACACCCUCAGGAAGUGGAAGAAUGACCGCAGCAUUCCUCUGACUGAUGUUCUGAACGGUUGGAAGAUUUUCCUGACUCGGUCCCACGGAGCUCAAGGCCUCCUUGAUACCGCUAGCCAGAGCGCUCUUCAGAAUGAAUUUGGCACAACCAAAGAUGAUGAGUGCAUGAUCAAGAUCCUAGAAGCCGGCGAAUACCAGCCCUCCCAGGCACGCGAGCGUGAGGGAUACAAGAAUGAGUCCAACGGUACUCGCUAA